CACGUUUAGGCGCCUUGACACAUGGAGGGAAAUCGGGCUUUCGCUAUUCGUUGUGGUCAUACGACGGCCGCUCAUUGGUGUUGGGCCCUACUAUUAUAUGCCGGGGCUCAAUCUGAUUUGACGGGGGUAUACUACGUCGGUUCGUGGAGACUGACGUCGAAUAAGCCUUCAGUCAGAUCGCUCAUUUCUUAGGCGAACAGCCUAUAUAUAAGUAUGAACAAAGGGAGGACAUUCACGUUGUUUGCUUUGCCAGGUAGCACGACAAUCUGAAGGCCUAUCCAUUCAUCGUUACCAUGCUGAGAUUUCUCACACUCUUCCCGGAGACGCUGACGCUCCGCUUCUUUUCAUUGCUGACGUUCGCCUUGUACGCCAGUACAAUCCCACUUGCUGCCAGCCAGACCCGACCCAGCUAUCACAUCACCCCCGAGAAGAAAUGGAUGAAUGACCCUCAACGUCCGUUCUUCCUCGGGGAUGAAUGGCAUCUCUACUACCUAUACAACUCCAACUGGGACGCCUCAAACCCUGGUGCAGGGGGGACGGAAUGGUACCACAUCACGAGUACCGACAUGGUAUCCUGGACUCGCCGGGGCGUAGCUAUCGAGAAAUACAAACCGAACCCUCCCAGCGGCAAAAUCCUCGGAGACAUUGAAACCGGCAGCGCCGUGGUCGACACGGAGAACACGGCUGGCUUUGGCAAGAAUACCGUCGUGGCCAGGGCUGCCGUCAGAUCAGAUUAACAAUCAGAUAUAUCAAUCAGAUCAAUCAAUUCAAAUCAGAUAUGAAAUUUCGUCAGAUCAAUCAAUUCAAACACAAGCAUCUGUACAUCUGAUAUAUCUGAAUGGAGAGCAGCUACCCUAGAACCGCCGGAUCAUCUGUAUGUUCCGGCUCCGGAGAGGGUGGCUCUUCCUGAAAAGCUACGAUGUUACAGGGGUCAGCCGAGCUGAUUGGUCCUGGACCCUUGCUUGCCGGGGUCUUAGGUAGAGGCGAAUCUAAAGGUACCCGUAUUUACUCGUGAGAUUCGGAACGCCCUGUGGAGUCAAAUGCCAUGUACUAAGUGGCUCAUUCCUUUUAGACUCUCAAAAAGUCGAUUAUAGUCGUGUUAAAUCCAAAAAGGCCAAUUAUAUGCU